CUGAUAAGACGUACAUUUUGCUCCAGUUUAAUGGUUUUUGCUAGUGGUUUUGAUGGCAUUCAUUCAGUUUCGUAUAUUCUUGUAAACAUGAUAGAAUACAUAUUUUAUGGGAACGGUGCAUCUAUGCACGGCAUAUAAGUUCGAAUGUAUUAUCUAACGAGAAGAGGAAAAUUAUCUCGAAUUCUUUUGUGACGCGUUUAUUGUGUGUACAUACCGCGUGCCUUGUCAUUUGAUGGCGUCUGUUUAUAGUCAACUAUGUCCAGCGUGAUCAGUAUGGGCAUGUUCAUACAUGAUCAUGUAUUGUUUCUUCUUGAUGAUCGUUUUCUAUUAUAAUAAGAAAAAGGGUAUUAUCAAGUUCCAUGUUUAUUGAAUACAUUUCAGCUAAACCCAGAAAAUGUUAUGACGUUGGAUUAGCGCAUUUUUAUAGAGGACAUCAAAAUAAGACGCAAACAGGUAGACAAUGUCAGAAAUGGGACGCAAAGAAACCUCACGAACCUUAUAAUGAUAUAUAUCUAAGUCCACACAAUUUCCCCGAAAACUCAGUGAAAGAUGCGAAGAACUACUGUCGUGACCUUGAUGGAGAGGGUAAACCCUGGUGUUACACAACUGACCCUGACACCAGAUGGGAAUUUUGCGAUAUUCCAAAAUGUUCUGCCAACAGUGACUGUUACAAGGAAGGAUACCCCUGGCUAUAUAAAGGGAACACAAAUGUCACAAAGGGCAUGUUGGAAUGCCAGCGUUGGGAACACUUUUCAAACAACACCAACUGGACAUGGGACUUUAAAUACCCGGACUCUUCCCUCUCAGAGGCAAAUAACUAUUGCCGCAGCCCACGAGGAAAAGAUCAACCAUGGUGUUAUACGGAUGGCAAUAAAAGCUGGGACUUUUGCGACAUCAAACAAUGUCCGAAAGAUUAUUGUUAUGAAGACGUGUCCAGGAACUAUCAAGGUCAAAUGAUGAUUACUGAGACCGGAAGAGAAUGCCAGCGGUGGGACUCGACUUUCCCACACAGACACAGCUACGGAAGUAUGGCCUUGAAAUUUCCCGAUAAUUCGGUCAGUGAUGCCGCCAACUACUGCCGAGAUCCAAGUUCGUCUGGUAGACCAUGGUGUUACACAACAGACGCGGAGAAGAAAUGGGAUUGGUGUGCUGUCUGGAAAUGUUAAAACAGCAACGAAGAAAACAGAAAUGCAUUUAACUGAUAUUCAUUUACAAUCAAUUUAAUAAUUUUGUAAUAUUAAUAGAAAUACUUUUUGUAAAGCUUUCAUUACACGUAUCCUGUCUCAGCAUACAUUAUUUUACCUCUUUGCGAUCAGAUUCCUAUAUGAAAAUCUAGAAUGACCAUUUCGACAUCUAUUUAGCAAAGAACUGAAAAAUAAAAACUGAUCAACAAACAUGCCUCUUUUUCGCGAUUUGUGUGAUUUGUUGCUCUUUUAUUAUGGCAAAAACUUAGAAACUAAAACUGAGCAUAAGAUGCUACAACUGAUUCUUGCAAAUUAAGGCCAUUUGGAUAUUUAGAUGACUUAUCAAUUUCAUUUAAAAAAAAAAGCCAUUUAUUAAGUUUAUUAAUGACAUGAAUCCAAGGAUUCUGGCUAUGUGAAAUAUCUUAACUUGAUACUAAAAUGACAUUGAAAAUUAGACUUUGACUUGUGGUUUGGGUCUGGCAAUGUGCCAGCUUUUUGUAAAAUUUAAAGCUAGUCAGUGGCCCGUUCAAUAUGCUAAUGUUGAACAUAACUAAGACCGAACAAUCAGCGAAGAUUUGUCCUGGUAUACCUCGACCAGUUAAACUUUCAUUUAGAAAGAGCUCUUUAGGUUAAUAUACUGCAAUAGCUUGUUCUGAGCUUGCCAAUGCAGUUGCUUGCACAGAAAGCAAGGUAAAAUUGCUAACAUGGGACUCGAAAGCUUCCACCAUAUGUUUAAGUCCUAUAGUAAUGCCGACCCCUCGAAUGUGAAUUACAAUAUAUUUUCAAUGGCCUGUGUUUUGCAAGAAUCAAUUGUUGUGCUUAG